AGCGCGCGGCAGCAGCCAGUUCGAACCCCGUUCCCGCUCCGCUCCGCUUCGGUUCUCGCUCCCCCGGCCCUUGGGCCUUCUGACGGCAGCUCCCGGCAGUUCGUUACACAUUGCGCUCUCCCCGCCGCCAGGAUGCCGGUGACUGAGAAGGACCUGGCGGAGGACGCGCCGUGGAAGAAGAUCCAGCAGAACACCUUCACACGCUGGUGCAACGAGCACCUCAAGUGCGUGAACAAACGCAUCGGGAACCUGCAGACCGACCUGAGCGACGGGCUGCGGCUCAUUGCGCUGCUGGAGGUGCUCAGCCAGAAGCACAUGUACCGCAAGUACCACCAGCGGCCCACCUUCCGCCAGAUGCAGCUCGAGAAUGUGUCUGUAGCGCUCGAGUUCCUGGACCGCGAGAGCAUCAAGCUCGUGUCCAUCGACAGCAAAGCCAUCGUGGAUGGGAACCUGAAGCUCAUCCUGGGCCUGGUGUGGACGCUUAUCCUCCACUAUUCCAUCUCCAUGCCCGUGUGGGAGGACGAGGGCGAUGAUGAUGCUAAGAAGCAGACACCAAAGCAGAGGCUGCUGGGAUGGAUUCAGAACAAGAUCCCUUACUUGCCCAUCACCAACUUUAACCAGAACUGGCAAGAUGGCAAAGCCCUGGGUGCCCUGGUGGACAGCUGUGCUCCAGGUCUCUGCCCAGACUGGGAAUCCUGGGACCCACGGAAGCCAGUGGACAAUGCCCGAGAGGCCAUGCAGCAGGCCGACGACUGGCUGGGUGUCCCCCAGGUCAUCACUCCUGAAGAAAUUAUUCACCCGGAUGUGGAUGAGCACUCGGUGAUGACCUACCUGUCCCAGUUCCCUAAAGCCAAGCUCAAGCCAGGGGCUCCUCUUAAACCGAAACUCAACCCGAAGAAGGCCAGGGCCUAUGGCCGAGGAAUCGAGCCCACUGGAAACAUGGUGAAGCAGCCGGCCAAGUUCACCGUGGACACCAUCAGCGCCGGGCAGGGGGACGUGAUGGUGUUUGUUGAGGACCCCGAAGGGAACAAAGAGGAGGCACACGUGACUCCCGAUAGCGACAAGAACAAGAAGACAUACUCCGUGGAGUACCUGCCCAAGGUCACUGGGCUGCACAAAGUCACAGUCCUCUUUGCAGGACAGCACAUCUCCAAGAGCCCAUUUGAAGUGAAUGUUGACAAGGCCCAGGGGGAUGCCAGUAAAGUGACCGCGAAAGGCCCCGGGUUGGAAGCUACGGGGAACAUCGCCAACAAGCCCACCUACUUCGACAUCUACACGGCAGGAGCCGGCGUGGGUGACAUCGGUGUCGAGGUGGAAGAUCCCCAGGGGAAGAACACUGUGGAGCUGCUCGUGGAAGACAAAGGAAACCAGAUGUACCGCUGCGUGUACAAACCAGUGCAGCCCGGCACCCACGUGGUCAGGGUCUCCUUUGCCGGGGAUACCAUUCCCAAGAGUCCCUUCGUUGUGCAGGUUGGGGAAGCUUGCAGUCCAAACGCCUGCCGGGCCAGUGGCCGAGGCCUGCAGCCCAAAGGUGUCCGUGUUCGGGAGACUGCAGACUUCAAGGUCGACACCAAAGCUGCUGGAAGCGGGGAGCUUGGCGUAACCGUGAAGGGUCCCAAGGGCCUGGAGGAGCUGGUGAAGCAGAAGGGCUUCCUGGACGGAGUGUAUGCGUUCGAGUACUACCCCAGCACCCCCGGGAAGUACAGCAUUGCCCUCACAUGGGGAGGGCACCACAUUCCAAAGAGUCCCUUUGAAGUUCAAGUCGGCCCUGAAGCUGGCAUGCAGAAGGUCCGUGCUUGGGGCCCUGGCCUCCAUGGUGGGAUUGUCGGGCGGUCGGCAGACUUCGUGGUGGAGUCCAUUGGCUCUGAAGUUGGGUCUCUGGGGUUUGCCAUCGAAGGCCCCUCCCAGGCGAAGAUUGAGUAUGACGACCAGAAUGAUGGAUCGUGUGACGUCAAAUACUGGCCCAAGGAGCCUGGCGAGUACGCCGUUCACAUCAUGUGUGAUGACGAAGACAUCAAGGACAGCCCGUACAUGGCCUUCAUCCACCCAGCCUCAGGGGACUACAACCCGGAUCUGGUCCAGGCGUACGGGCCGGGCUUGGAGAGAUCUGGCUGCAUCAUCAACAGCCCGGCAGAGUUCACCGUGGACCCUAAGGAUGCCGGGAAAGCUCCCUUAAAGAUAUUUGCUCAGGAUGGGGAAGGCCAGCCCAUUGACAUCCAGAUGAAGAGUCGGAUGGAUGGCACGUACGCCUGCUCGUACACCCCAGUCAAGGCCAUCAAGCACACCAUUGCUGUGGUCUGGGGUGGCGUGAACAUCCCACACAGCCCCUUCAGGGUCAACAUCGGACAAGGCAGCCACCCCCAGAAGGUCAAAGUGUUCGGGCCAGGUGUGGAGAGAAGCGGUCUGAAGGCGAAUGAGCCCACUCACUUCACAGUGGACUGCACGGAGGCUGGGGAAGGUGACGUCAGUGUUGGCAUUAAGUGCGAUGCCCGGGUGUUGAGUGAAGAUGAGGAAGACGUGGAUUUUGACAUUAUUCACAAUGCCAAUGACACGUUCACGGUCAAAUACGUGCCUCCUGCCGCCGGCCGCUACACCAUCAAAGUUCUCUUUGCAUCUCAGGAAAUCCCCGCCAGCCCUUUCAGAGUCAAAGUCGACCCUUCCCACGACGCCAGCAAAGUGAAGGCCGAAGGUCCUGGGCUCAGCAAGGCAGGAGUGGAAAACGGGAAACCGACCCACUUCACCGUCUACACCAAGGGAGCCGGGAAAGCCCCUCUCGACGUGCAGUUCAGCAGCCCCCUCCCGGGCGACGCAGUGAAGGAUCUGGAUAUCAUCGAUAACUAUGACUACUCCCACACUGUGAAAUACACACCCACCCAGCAGGGCAACGUGCAGGUCCUGGUGACGUACGGCGGCGAUCCCAUCCCUAAGAGCCCGUUCACCGUGGGCAUUGCGGCUCCACUGGAUCUGAGCAAGAUCAAAAUCAAUGGGUUGGAAAACAGGGUCGAAGUUGGGAAGGAUCAAGAGUUUGCUGUCGACACCAAGGGGGCAGGAGGCCAGGGGAAGCUGGAGGUGACCAUCCUGAGUCCCUCCCGGAAGGUCGUGCCAUGCCUGGUGGCACCCGUGGCGGGCCGGGAGAGCAGCACAGCCAAGUUCAUCCCACGGGAGGAAGGGCUAUACGCCGUCGACGUGACCUACGAUGGACACCCCGUGCCGGGGAGCCCCUACACGGUGGAGGCCUCGCUGCCACCAGACCCCACCAAGGUGAAGGCCCAUGGUCCUGGCCUCAAGGGAGGUCUCGUGGGCAAGCCCGCCGAGUUCACCAUCGACACCAAGGGAGCUGGCACUGGAGGUCUGGGUCUCACCGUGGAGGGGCCGUGCGAGGCCAAGAUAGAAUGUUCCGACAACGGCGACGGCACCUGCUCUGUCUCUUACCUGCCCACAAAGCCCGGGGAAUACUUCGUCAACAUUCUCUUCGAAGAAGUCCACAUACCUGGGUCACCCUUUAAAGCUGACAUCGAAAUGCCCUUCGACCCCUCCAAGGUCGUGGCAUCGGGGCCGGGUCUGGAGCAUGGAAAAGUGGGCGAAGCCGGGCUCCUGAGCGUUGACUGUUCGGAAGCAGGACCAGGGGCCCUGGGGCUGGAAGCCGUCUCGGACUCCGGAGCGAAAGCUGAGGUCUCUGUCCAGAACAACAAGGACGGCACGUACGCGGUGACCUACGUGCCCCUGACCGCCGGCAUGUACACGCUCACCAUGAAGUACGGCGGCGAGCUCGUGCCACACUUCCCUGCCAGGGUCAAGGUGGACCCCGCCGUGGACACCAGCAGGGUCAAAGUCUUUGGGCCAGGAAUAGAAGGCAGAGAUGUGUUUCGGGAAGCGACCACUGACUUCACGGUUGACUCGCGGCCCCUGACCCAGGUCGGGGGAGACCACAUCAAGGCCCACAUUGCCAACCCCUCGGGGGCGUCCACCGAGUGCUACGUCACAGACAAUGCUGACGGGACCUACCAAGUGGAGUACACACCCUUUGAGAAAGGCCUUCAUGUAGUGGAGGUGACAUAUGAUGAUGUGCCCAUUCCGAACAGUCCCUUCAAAGUGGCCGUAACCGAAGGCUGCCAGCCAUCUCGGGUUCAAGCCCAAGGACCUGGACUGAAAGAGGCCUUCACCAACAAGCCCAAUGUCUUCACUGUGGUUACCAGAGGGGCAGGGAUUGGUGGGCUUGGCAUAACUGUUGAAGGACCAUCAGAGUCAAAGAUAAACUGCAGAGACAACAAAGAUGGCAGCUGCAGUGCUGAGUACAUCCCCUUUGCUCCAGGAGAUUACGAUGUUAACAUCACAUAUGGAGGAGCCCACAUACCUGGCAGCCCCUUCAGGGUUCCUGUCAAGGACAUGGUGGACCCCAGCAAGGUUAAGAUCGCCGGCCCUGGGCUGGGCUCGGGCGUCCGUGCCCGCAUCCCGCAGUCGUUUACGGUGGACAGCAGCAAGGCCGGCCUGGCUCCCCUGGAAGUGAGGGUCCUGGGCCCACGGGCUGAUGAGACGGAUUCCCAGUCAUGGCGCAGCCCCUUGAGAACCAUUUCAGAGUUCUUUAAAGGUGACCCGAAGGGUGACCUUACGGAGACAGGCCUGGUGGAGCCAGUGAAUGUGGUGGACAAUGGGGAUGGCACACACACAGUGACCUACACCCCAUCUCAGGAGGGACCUUACAUGGUCUCAGUUAAAUAUGCCGAUGAAGAGAUUCCUCGCAGUCCCUUUAAGGUCAAGGUCCUUCCCACGUACGAUGCCAGCAAAGUGACCGCCAGUGGCCCGGGCCUCAGCUCCUACGGUGUGCCUGCAAGCCUGCCCGUGGAGUUUGCGAUCGAUGCCAGGGAUGCCGGGGAAGGCCUGCUUGCUGUUCAGAUCACGGACCAAGAGGGAAAACCCAAAAGAGCCAUUGUCCAUGACAACAAAGAUGGCACGUAUGCCGUCACGUACAUCCCUGACAAGACGGGUCGCUAUAUGAUCGGAGUCACCUACGGUGGGGACAACAUCCCACUUUCUCCUUACCGUAUCCGGGCAACACAGACAGGUGAUGCCAGCAAGUGCAUGGCCACAGGUCCUGGAAUCGCCCCCACCGUGAAAACUGGUGAGGAAGUGGGCUUUGUUGUUGACGCCAAGACUGCAGGGAAGGGGAAGGUGACCUGCACGGUUCUGACCCCAGACGGCACUGAGGCUGAGGCUGAUGUCAUCGAGAAUGAGGAUGGAACCUAUGAUAUUUUCUAUACGGCUGCCAAGCCGGGCACCUACGUCAUCUAUGUGCGCUUUGGUGGCGUCGAUAUUCCCAACAGCCCCUUCACUGUCAUGGCCACGGAUGAGGAAGUCACAGCCGUGGAGGAGGCUCCGGUAAAUGCAUGUCCCCCUGGAUUCAGGCCCUGGGUGACUGAAGAGGCCUAUGUCCCAGUGAGUGACAUGAACGGCCUGGGAUUUAAGCCUUUUGACCUGGUCAUUCCAUUUGCAGUCAGGAAAGGAGAAAUCACCGGAGAGGUCCACAUGCCUUCUGGGAAGACGGCCACACCGGAGAUCGUGGACAACAAGGACGGCACAGUCACGGUCAGAUAUGCCCCCACCGAAGUCGGGCUCCACGAGAUGCACAUCAGAUACAUGGGCAGCCACAUCCCUGAGAGCCCGCUCCAGUUCUACGUAAACUACCCCAACAGUGGAAGUGUUUCUGCGUAUGGUCCAGGCCUGGUGUAUGGAGUGGCCAACAAAACCGCCACCUUCACCAUCGUCACUGAGGAUGCAGGAGAAGGUGGUCUGGACUUGGCUAUCGAGGGGCCCUCCAAGGCAGAAAUCAGCUGCAUUGACAACAAAGACGGGACUUGCACAGUGACCUACCUGCCCACCCUGCCGGGCGACUACAGCAUUCUGGUCAAGUACAACGACAAGCACAUCCCUGGCAGCCCCUUCACGGCCAAGAUCACAGAUGACAGCAGACGGUGCUCCCAGGUGAAGCUGGGCUCGGCCGCCGACUUCCUGCUGGACAUCAGCGAGACCGACCUCAGCACGCUGACGGCCAGCAUCAAGGCCCCGUCCGGCCGGGACGAGCCCUGCCUCCUGAAGCGGCUGCCCAACAACCACAUUGGCAUCUCCUUCAUCCCCCGAGAGGUGGGCGAGCACCUGGUCAGCAUCAAGAAAAAUGGCAACCAUGUGGCCAACAGCCCCGUGUCCAUCAUGGUGGUCCAGUCUGAGAUUGGUGAUGCCCGCCGGGCCAAAGUCUAUGGCCGAGGCCUGUCGGAAGGCCGGACGUUCGAGAUGUCCGACUUCAUCGUGGACACGAGGGAUGCAGGUUACGGUGGCAUAUCCUUGGCGGUGGAAGGCCCCAGCAAGGUGGACAUCCAGACCGAGGACCUGGAGGACGGCACCUGCAAGGUCUCCUACUUCCCCACCGUGCCCGGGGUUUACAUCGUCUCCACCAAGUUUGCCGACGAGCACGUGCCUGGGAGCCCGUUUACUGUGAAGAUCAGCGGGGAAGGCAGGGUCAAGGAGAGCAUCACCCGGACCAGCCGUGCCCCGUCCGUGGCCACCGUUGGGAGCAUCUGUGACCUGAACCUGAAAAUCCCAGAAAUCAACAGCAGUGACAUGUCGGCCCACGUCACCAGCCCCUCUGGCCGUGUGACCGAGGCCGAGAUUGUGCCCAUGGGGAAGAGCUCACACUGCGUCCGCUUCGUGCCCCAGGAGAUGGGUGUUCACACCGUCAGCGUCAAGUACCGCGGGCAGCACGUGACCGGCAGCCCCUUCCAGUUCACCGUGGGGCCGCUCGGCGAAGGGGGUGCCCACAAGGUCCGAGCAGGCGGCCCCGGCCUGGAGAGAGGGGAAGCAGGAGUCCCCGCCGAGUUCAGCAUCUGGACCCGGGAAGCAGGCGCCGGGGGUCUCUCCAUCGCCGUCGAGGGCCCCAGCAAGGCAGAGAUUACGUUCGACGACCACAAAAAUGGGUCAUGCGGCGUGUCUUACAUUGCCCAAGAGCCCGGUAACUACGAAGUGUCCAUCAAGUUCAAUGAUGAGCACAUCCCCGAGAGCCCCUACCUGGUGCCGAUCAUCGCGCCCUCCGACGACGCCCGCCGCCUCACUGUUACAAGCCUUCAGGAAUCGGGAUUAAAAGUUAACCAGCCAGCAUCCUUUGCUAUAAGGUUGAAUGGUGCAAAAGGCAAGAUUGAUGCCAAGGUGCACAGUCCCUCCGGAGCUGUGGAGGAGUGCCAUGUGUCUGAGCUGGAGCCAGAUAAGUACGCUGUUCGCUUCAUCCCCCACGAGAAUGGCGUCCACACCAUCGACGUCAAGUUCAAUGGGAGUCACGUGGUCGGAAGUCCCUUCAAAGUGCGCGUCGGGGAGCCUGGUCAAGCUGGGAACCCUGCUCUGGUGUCGGCCUACGGUGCGGGGCUCGAGGGAGGCACCACAGGGAUCCAGUCUGAAUUUUUCAUCAACACUACCCGCGCGGGCCCGGGGACAUUGUCCGUCACCAUCGAAGGUCCAUCCAAGGUGAAAAUGGAUUGCCAGGAGACGCCAGAGGGAUACAAAGUCAUGUACACGCCCAUGGCUCCUGGGAACUACCUGAUCAGCGUCAAGUAUGGCGGGCCCAACCACAUUGUGGGCAGCCCCUUCAAGGCCAAGGUGACAGGCCAGCGUCUGGUCAGCCCUGGCUCAGCCAAUGAGACCUCGUCCAUCCUGGUGGAGUCGGUGACCAGGUCCUCGACGGAGACCUGCUAUAGCGCCAUCCCCAAGGCCUCCUCGGACGCCAGCAAGGUGACCUCCAAGGGGGCGGGGCUGUCCAAGGCCUUCGUGGGCCAGAAGAGCUCCUUCCUGGUGGACUGCAGCAAAGCCGGCUCCAACAUGUUGCUGAUCGGGGUCCACGGGCCCACCACGCCCUGCGAAGAGGUCUCCAUGAAGCACGUGGGCAACCAACAGUACAACGUCACAUACGUCGUCAAGGAGAGGGGGGAUUACGUCCUGGCUGUGAAGUGGGGGGAGGAGCACAUUCCCGGCAGCCCCUUCCAUGUCACGGUGCCUUAAAACCAUCUUCAUCAAAUCCAAGGAGGAGUUCUUGUGGUUGCAUUUGUCGCCUUUUUAUAUUUCCUUUUAUACAAAGUCCUCUGGCCUGUUUCAGGGUCUCCAACCCCGUUCCUAAAACAUUACCCUUCUAAAGUGCCUUCAGAGAUAAGCCCAAGCCCUAGGUGUGACUCUGGGGGGAUGUGUUGGGGAAUCCUAAGAAAUACAGACUCUUCCAGCGUGUGCUCUGAGAAGACCCCGUGUGCACUGGGUUCCAGACAGUGCUCUCGGUGACAAGCCACCCACUGCAGACAGACCUGGGCCACGGGCAGGGCCAAUGUUUUUACAAAAUGAAAUUGAUGAGCCUUAGCUCCUGGCUCACUCUUCAGCGUUUAUGGAGCAAGACUGGGGGUGAGGGAAAGACGGAAAAGCAGACCUAGUUUUAGGUUGUCAUUUAACAAAGGUGGUGGAAGAUCAGCUUCAUCCGUCUAGUCCCUGCUCGAUAGAAAAGUCUAGGGGGUUACCGCCGAGGUUUUAGUCCCACUCUUUCUCAGCCCCCUUCUUACCGUCUCAUAGGGCAGGCCGGCCCACGAGGCUUCUUGGUGCCUCUGCCCUUUUCUGAUGGUGAUCUCCUUGCAGAAUCGUAACGUGUGACCAUCUUGGCAGUCCCGUUUUUGCUUUUGUCCUUAAAGUCCGUUCCAGUUCCUUGGUCUGAGGAUAUUCUGCAGUGGCAAGCCAUGUGGCAUUUGCCAAAGAGCCCUUUUAGCCAACACUAGCCCUUGACGUUUCCACGUUCCAGUGUUUGUCAGCCUGGUGGGUCCGUGUCUCAGAGCCCUCAUCACGGAGGCGUGUCACGGGCAGGACGCUCUGCACCCACCCCAGGCAGCCUCGGAGGUCACCUUACCUGGAAGAUGAUGAUAAUGUAGACAGGAAAGAAUGAAACACCUGCUGACCUUCGGUCUCAAAGUUGGGGGGUUGUCAAGGACCAGGAAAGGGCAGCUGCUCUUGGAAAUCUUUUUACCGUUUGGCAGAAAGAGUGACAACUGCAGAGCUGACAGUGGCUGUGUAUUUGGCCAUAACCACGUCAUCUGAGGUUGUUUGGAAAGUAAUUUGGAGGUGCAGAAUUCUAAGGCCAGGUGUAGGGUGUUUUGCAGGCCUGCCUGCAGAGCCAUGCUGGCGCGGGACUGUGUUAAAGCAUUCUGGGACAUGGCCUGACUGUGGAGGCCAGAGGCGAUAUGGCCCAAGCACGAAGCUCUUGCAGAUUUGCUGCUCAGUCCUGAGGGAGUGGCCAGUGGUGUGGCUGGGGACCAGGUGGGUGCCUCUUCAGCAGUAGAAGCCUGGCCGAGGACUGGCAGUAAAAGCUCAUCUAUUAGACAUUGGGCCUCCCGAAGCCCAAUGUGCAAGGACCACAAUGCCGUAAACGGGGACGUGAAAGCCAAACUGGAAUCAAAUGCCGACUGUAAAUUGUAUCUUAUAACUUAUUAAAUAAAAUGCUCCGGAAAGUUC